AGGCCGGUAACGCGGGGAAGAAAAUCGGACGCAGUUGUCAACAAUCAAAACAGCCGCCAUAUUUUACCUCUUGUUGUAACGCUCCUGGACUUCCUCCUUCACCCUUCCCUCUGGUAUGCCUAGGAGAUCAAAAUAAGGAUAGAACUCUGUGUUGAGAGAAUAGGAUGUACACCUCUAACCCAUCGCCUUGUUUUGUGUCACGUUCAGUUAUGGACCGUGAGUAUGAGAGACGUCUUCUCAGGCAACAAAAUGGACCUGUCUCAUCACCAGCAUCACCAUUGUCACCCCGCCGCCAGCUGGCCCACAUUUCAGUGCAAUCCCCAAGCAAAGACCGAACUGGGGACAGAUUCAUCCCCACACGAGUAGGUGCCAACUGGGAUGUUAACUUUGCUCUGAUUCAGGAGAACAACAAAGCCAACAGUGAGGUGCGGAAGGGGCGUGAGGGAGGAGAGGGCAAGGAUGGAGUGGCCUACACAACCCUCCUGAGGAAUGAACUCUUGGGCACAAGCAUUGAGGACCUUCGAGACACCCCUGAUGAAAGAAGAGCACUGUCCCCUGUUCAGAGUCCCAAUCUGUACCAUUUUUCUCCUCGCAAAAAUCAGCAGCGGGAGGACACACUGUCGCCCUAUUCCCUUUCCCCUGUCAGUGCCAAGAGCCAAAAGCUGCUGAGAUCCCCAAGGAAGGCAGCUCGCAAAAUAUCAAAGAUACCAUUUAAGGUACUUGAUGCUCCAGAGCUACAGGAUGACUUCUACCUCAACCUAGUGGACUGGAGCUCUCAAAAUGUUCUCUCAGUGGGAUUAGGUCACUGUGUGUACUUGUGGUCAGCAUACACCUCACAGGUCACCCGACUGUGUGAUCUCUCCCCCGAUGGUGACACAGUGACCUCAGUGUCUUGGUCAGAAAGGGGCAAUCAGGUGGCAGUAGGAACACACAAGGGGCUGGUGCAGGUGUGGGACGUAGCCAGCAGCAAGCGAGUGUGCAUUCUGAACGGCCACACAGCUCGUGUUGGAGCGUUGGCGUGGAAUGGAGAUGUCCUUUCCUCAGGCUCCCGGGACAGACUUAUCCUUCAGCGUGAUGUGAGGACUCCCUGCAUCAUCCCUGACCGCCGGCUAGCAGGACACCGGCAGGAGGUGUGUGGGCUAAAGUGGUCACCAGACAGCCAGUACCUGGCCUCGGGUGGUAAUGACAACAAGUUAUUUGUCUGGAACCUUCACUCUCUCACAGCUGUUCAGACCUACACUGAGCACAAUGCAGCAGUAAAAGCUAUUGCCUGGUCACCACACCACCAUGGGCUGCUGGCUAGUGGAGGUGGAACAGCUGAUCGCUGCAUACGUUUCUGGAACACCUUAACAGGGCAGCCAAUGCAGUGCAUUGACACUGGAUCUCAAGUGUGCAACCUGGCAUGGUCCAAACAUGCAUCUGAACUGGUAUCCACCCAUGGGUAUAGUCAAAACCAGAUCUUGGUGUGGCGUUACCCACUCCUUGCCCAGGUGGCCAAACUUACUGGCCACACGUACCGGGUGCUGUAUCUAGCCAUGUCACCGGAUGGGGAGGCCAUAGUUACUGGUGCUGGGGAUGAGACUCUGCGCUUCUGGAAUGUCUUCAGCAAAGCCCGCUCUCAGAAGGAGUCCAAGUCUGCACUCAACCUCUUCACAUCUCUGCGAUAACUGAGGGAGGGGAGGAGGAGGAGGAGAAGGAGAAGGGAGGAGGAAGAGGAGGCAAUGGUGGUGGUGGUGACAGCAGCAAAAGAGGUUGCUAGUUUCAUGUUUGUACAUACUGGGGCAUCAGGUGACUGCUUUGUAAACAGUCAAAUUUUUCAUAAAUAUAUAUGUAUGUAUAUUUAUCAGAUGUAUUAUAAUGUAUAUACUUUAAGUAUGUUGUACAUCAUUGCUCUUUCUACAUCAUCUUAGAAUAACUAAUUUCUUUUACAAAUGCUUCAUAUUUGUAUUGUUUUAAUCAUAUUCAUUUUUCUAUGUUCAUCACAAAAUAUUUUGUCACUGUUUUCUUUGUAAAAGUGAAUGUUCAUCUCACACUGAUCUUCUCAGGUAUGAGGACAUGUUAUCAGUAUCACCACACUGACUGACAGUAAACAGUGCCCAAAUAUUCAGAGUAUCAGUUGGUGUUUGAGAACACAUAGAGGCAUUUCCAUAGAGGCCCCUCAGACCAUGACCUGCAAAGUGCAAAUAAUUGGUCUAAAUUGUAACAUACUUUCACUGUGUGAAAUUUUCUACUUAUAUAUUUACCAGACCAGGGGAAAGAAGAGGCUAUGAAAAGUACACUGUAUACAUGCACAUUGUCCAUUGCAUUCUCUGACUUACCUAGGGAAAACAAGAAAAUUAGAGGAGCAUAGCCUUAGGUAUUUUUUUAUAUUUGAGGCAUAAGGCAUAGCAGAUUGUGGAAUGAAGUGCCUCAUAUGGCACUGUUUUUGUCAGUAAGCAAAAGACGUAAUAGCAGCUCUAGCUAUGUUUUGUGAUCGUAUUGUUGUGUUUAUUUUAUUUUAUUUUUAUUUAGUUUAUAUAUAUAUAUAUAUAUAUAUAUAUAUAUAUAUAUAUAUAUAUAUAUAUAUAUAUAUAUAUAUAUAUAUAUAUAUAUAUAUAUUUUUUUUUUUUUUUUUUUUUUUUUUUAUCCCUUUGAAAUGAACAUUCACUUGUUCAGUAAACUGCCUCUCCACAUGGUAUGCUCUUGUGUGUGUGUGUGUGUGUGUGUGUGUGUGUGUGUGUGUGUGUGUGUGUGUGUGUGUGUGUGAGAGUGGGUGCAUGUGCUUGUGAAUCUUUGUCAAGUAUCAUCAUGCAUAGAUGUUACAGGGAACUUGCCUUUCCAUGCUACACUUGGAAGACAGUGUCUCCAAGAUAGCCUUCACAGUGUUCCCUUACCUCUAUGUGCACUUCACUAUACACUCAAACCAUGAACAGUUGUUUACCCAGAAGAUCAUAGGGUCUGAAAGUAAUUAAUCUGACUGUCAAUGUCUAUUUAUGUCUGGUUACCUGUUUUUGGUACCUUCUCUUACAGCCCAUCCCAUGAGCCCUAUGCUAAAGGGUCACCACAACAGAAAGUUCCCAGAUAUCCAUAUCCAUUCAUACAUUCUCUGUUGUCCUCAGUCCUCUCAAAUCUACAAUUCCCAUCUUUCUAACUCAAGUAGUCAGAAAGGUAGCUAAGUGCAAUGUGAUUAUAUGGUCUCACCUGAUAUUAAAUAAACUGAGGAUAUAUUGUGAUUGUAAUUUAAAUUCAACAUUUUUAGCUACCCUUUCAGUCUGACACACAUUUCCUACAGGACGCAAGUAAGAUUUAUGUGUUAUCUUGAGUAGCAAAAAACCUGUGCUGGUCUUUUGGGUUGAAGCAAAUUGAGAAAUAUGAUGUGAGAAUAUAUUAUAUGGCUGGCUAAAGACUUGACCCAAAGGCCUUGAUGCCAGACACGUGUGGUGUAGGUCUUGAAGUCCAUGACAGGAGGGAGUCUACAAACCAUUUUACACUUUUUGUUUGAGUAUAUUGGUAGGGAUGUGUGUGCAACUUCUUUUCUUCUAAUUAAAUCUGCACCAAGAUGUUACUGUUUGAGUGUAAUUAGAAAAUAAAAGAAAUGUGACAU